AGAGAGAGAGAGAGAGAGAGAGAGAGAGAGAGUUAUUAAGAGCCAGAAAGGGUAAGGAUUUUGAUUUCGAUUCUCGUAAGAGGGCGUUGGGCUUUGUUGUUGAGAGAGAGUGUGAGAGAGAGGGGGAGGCGUUGGAGUUAGAGUAAGCAAGAGGAGAUGGGAAAGAAGAAGAAGAGGGCGUCGAAGGUGUGGUGUUAUUACUGUGAUCGUGAAUUUGACGAUGAGAAGAUCCUGGUUCAGCACCAAAAGGCGAAGCACUUCAAGUGCCAUGUCUGCCACAAGAAGCUCUCAACGGCCGGUGGCAUGGCCAUCCAUGUUCUUCAAGUCCAUAAAGAGACUGUCACCAAGGUUCCCAAUGCUAAACCUGAUAGGGAAUCAACAGAAAUCGAAAUUUUUGGAAUGCAAGGAAUCCCUCCAGAAAUUUUGGCUGCUCAUUAUGGUGAACAAGAUGAAGAGGCUACAGCAAAAUUCUCCAAAGUGGAGGUUCCCCCCACCAGGCUUGGAGGCAUUCUACCGGGGUCAGCAGUGAUUGGCCUUCCCCCACAACCAGCUUAUUCUGCUGGACAACAAAACAGUUACAAUGCCACCUCCAUACCAAUGCAUGUUCCACCUUACACUGUUCCUACUUAUCCCCAACCUUGGUUUCCACAACAAACACCGGUUGCUUUAACUCCCACUGUUCCUGUGCUGCCACCACGACCCCAAGGGCAACCUUUGUUUCCAAUCCAGAAUGUAAAACCUCCUACUAACCCCACACCAUUUCCAGCAUCAUUCCCAAUUAACCCACCUGGAUUGCCAACUUCAACACCCCAACCUCCUGUUUCUCAACCUUUAUUUCCUAUCAGUAGCAGUAGCAGUACACUCAGCCUAACUUUACCAUACCCGGCUGUCACACCUCCUAUUAGCAUCCCCCCAAGUUCUCUUGCAGAAUUAAGAAGUACAAUUGAUACCAGUGCUGUCUCAAGCCCUGUCACGGCAACUAGCUAUGGUGGAACAGCUUUGCACUCUCUGAGUACCCAAGGUGUUCCAAUGACCAAUUCUCAUAUGUAUGCCUCUGGUCCAAAUACUGGUGGUCCUUCCAUCGGUCCCCCACCUGUGAUAGCCAAUAAAGUCCCAGCUUCUCAUCCAGGCGCUAAUGAGGUCUAUUUGGUAUGGGAUGAUGAGGCAAUGUCUAUGGAGGAAAGGAGAAUGUCUUUACCAAAAUAUCAGGUGCAUGAUGAGACAUCACAGGUAAGUCACCACUAUCUCAUUCCCCAUUCAUUCCAAUGGAUAUGCAAGUUGCUUUGCUCGGCAAAUGGAUUGGUAGGCUGUUCUUUUCUGCUUUUUGGUUUAUUUUUUUAAGGGACAACUUAAAUCAUCUCUGAGGACCAUACACCAUCUGCUAUUUCCCUCUUCAUAGCUGAGAAGGCAAGUAAUACAUAUCUAAAAUAGUACACUCUUGUGGAAUCAAUUCUCCCACCUCCUCAUAGUAUAGUGUGGUGAGAAGGAUCCACAGGCUAAACUCUAUAAUGUGUCCAACAUUCAAAUAUACUUGUGUGGAGUAUGAAUGUUUUCUGUUUAUACUGGAAAUUUGAAUUGCCAUUUAGUAUUCAUCUCCCUCUGAUUUUAACGAGCGUGGGGGUUUGGGUGAGACGAGAAUAUGGCCAACAGGCUUUUGCAAAUUCGUAGCAUUUGUUGUUAUCUUUUUUGGUCACUCGUGCAUUCAGGCUUGGCACAGGUCAGCUCUUAUUCAGCUUUAGAAGCUUGGUAUUUUAUUGCAUGAAGAAAGGUUUUUAUCAUGAAUGAUAUGACAUAAUUUUACAUGCUCUCUGAUAAUUUAUGCUUGGUCAUUUUUGUUGUUUCAGAUGAACUCGGUUAAUGCGGCCAUCGACAGAAGGAUAUCAGAAAGCAGGCUGGCUGGUCGGAUGACAUUUGGACUAUGAGAGUUCAUGUUUUUUCUUGAGAAAAAAUGUUGGUCUCACUAGCAGGGUCGAUUUUCAGUUGUUUUCCGUUUCAUAUUAGUCCACCUCUGUUCGAGCCAACCAGUUUAUUGUUAUAUGAAACUUGUUCUUUGUCGGAAUGGUUAGGAUUGUAGGACACCAUGUGAACUACAGGAGAGGCAUGAGACUGAUAUUAUUUAUGGUCGAUUCAUGUGGACGACUGCUAAAGAUUUGCUCAUCAAUUUUGCUCCUGAAAAAAUGUGAUAUUCCAAUCAAAGAUGCUCUCUAGUUAAU